UAUUGGAAGAAUAAGAGGGUGAAGGGAGAAGAGUUGAAGAGUUGAAGAGGCAACGUGGAAUUUUUCACGUUACCACUGAUGAAACGAGUAUACGAAAGAUUUCUCUACUCGAUAGGGAGAGUUCUUCUCCUCGUUUCGGAAGCUCCUACACUUGGAAGACUUUCUUGGACCAGCAGGAGGGACUUUAGGAGGGUCGUGAGGAGCAGCAGUCCAGGCUGCUCUCUCAUUAUCAUAUCCCAGUGUUUGGCGGCGGUUAAGUUUCAUCGUCACGGCACGUGGCAUUGGAGUGGGGAUGACAAAGAUGGAAAUUCGUGAGAAGGGAGGGGAGCCAAAUAAACAGAUGCCGCCACUGGCGAUCAUAGCGACGCUCCUUGGAAGGAUAACGAAAGUCAGUAUUACGAGAACCCCGGUAGCGAGUGGUUGUUUUUCCCCGUUAUUCCGUUAAAAUUGACACGCGCUCUUCGUGAAUUCAUUUUCUUCGGCAUUGUUUAUCGUUUAUUUUAAAGAACUCGGUGAUACUUUCUUAUUCUUUUCUUUUUGUUCCUUUUUUUUUUUUUUUUUGUUUUUUUUUCUUCUUCCUUUGGAAUACACAUACGUCAAAGAAUUUACAGUGUACGUGUAAAAGGGAACGAAGGAGAUCGUUUGUCAAUGAUUUAUCACGAAUAAUGGAUUUAACAUGUAACUUGGGAGAAUGUAAAAAGAAGGAAGAAGAAGCAACAACAGGAAAAUGAUAUAAUUCGUUUAAUAAUUAACGAAUCCUUUUUGAUCGUGAAAAAGUUUUGUUUUACUUUUUUUUUUCUUUUUUUUCUUUUUCAUAUCUAAAGUCAUUUCAUUUCCAAGUGAUCUUAAGUUUUUACGUAUCCUUCUGUAUUCGCGUGAUCUCUUUGAAUUCCAAAGGAAUUCUAUUUCUUUUUCUUCGUUUAUUUUUUUUUUCCUUCUCUCUCUUUUUUAUUUUAUUUUUUUUUUUUUUUUCUUUUUUUUACGUUGGCACGUAUGAUGUACGACGUGCAAGUGGGAAUUAUAAACGGAAAUGUAAACGAAAAUACGCGUUAGAAAAGAGUGGAAUAGAGAGGGUGGCGGGUAAGAGAAAAAUUAUCAUUAAGAAAGGCGACUCGAGUAGGCGAAUGUAAACAAAAAGACGUAAACAAAGAAAGGACAGCAUGUCGACGAAUCAUUAAAAGGGGAAUAAAUAAAUGAACGAAACAAAAAAUAAAAACGGGCCUAAGAAAAACUGAAUGGAUAAAAGUGGUCGGUUCUAUUUUUUAUUAUUAUUAUUAUCAUCAUUAUCAUUAUCAUUAUUAUUCUUUCCUGAUCGACAAAAGUGUUGUUGUGAAAUUGUUAUAUAAAAAAAAAAAAAAAAAAAAAAAAAAAAAGAGACAGAGAGAGAGAGAGAGAGAGAGAGGGAGAGGGAGGUGGAAGAGGGAGAAAAUAGAAGGAAAGAGAAAGAAGAUACGAGCGUUGUUUAUAGUGAAAAGUAUUUACGUAGAAAAACUUGAUUAGAAGAAAAUGUGGUGGUUCUUGUUAUUGAUAUUCUUGCAAAGGAUGCAACACGUCGUUGGUGCGUGCGAGCCCAUAAGGAUAGAAAUGUGCCGUGGUUUGGGUUACAACGUGACCGCCAUGCCGAAUUUGGUGGGCCACGAGAUUCAAGGAGACGCCGACUUCACCCUACAAACGUUUAGCCCGUUGAUUCAGUACGGAUGCAGUGCUCAGCUUCAUUUAUUCCUUUGCUCGGUAUAUGCACCAAUGUGUACGGAAAAGGUACCUUCGCCGAUCGGCCCUUGUAGAGGUUUAUGCGAACAAGUCAGAGCAAGAUGUUUUCCAGUUCUUCAAGGUUUUGGUUUUCCUUGGCCAGCUGCUUUAAAUUGUUCCAAAUUUCCACCGGUUAACAAUCAUCAACAUAUGUGUAUGGAAGGACCAGGUGAACCAGGUCCCGCUAAUCCUAUCCAGGCAGUCGGUGCCGGUGGUGGACCUUGGGGCUGUUCGUGGUACGCCAAAUCUGGCUUAUACGUAUUUCUAAAUCGUUCUGGAAGAUGCGCGGCAGCUUGCGAUGCCGAUAUACUUUGGUCGCAAAAGGAUAAGAAAGCUACGGAAGCUUGGAUGGCAGCGUUUGCUACGGUUUGCCUGAUUUCCGUCACUAUUGCGAUCCUAUCAUUGUUGAAGCCGAGAAAACAAUCUGCUGUUAUGAGUACGGCGGAGAAAGCAAUUACAUGUCUCGCCGUUUGUCAUGGGAUCGUUGCAGUAGGUUACGUGAUUCGAUUAGCUGCUGGAAGAUUGACCGUAGCUUGUACCCCUGCAAUCCCGUUACAUCCCCAAGAUCAAGCGGUCAUAUCUCAACAUCAACAACAAUAUUUGACCCAGGAUGGAUUAGCGAAUCCUUAUUGCGCUGUUGUCUUUCUCUUGUUGUAUUAUUUUGGGAAUGCGGCUAUCGUAUGGUGGGUCAUCGUUUGUGCAUGGUGGUGCAUAGUCGCGAGAAAAUGGUCGCGAACGGCAGGUAAUUGCAAGGAGGAUAGUUUCGGUCUACAGCAGGGGUUCUCAACCGUGGGAGCGGUUGCAGCAUGGGGACUUCCAGCAGCUCAUACGAUCGCCGUUUUGGUCACUAGGGAUGUCGAUGCUGAUGAACUAACGGGAAGUUGCUUCGUAGGACAACAAAAUGCCCGAUCACUUCUUGUUCUUGUACUAAUACCACAAUUCGUAUAUCUAUGUUUGGGUACAACGUUCCUUCUUGUCGGUAUAACGUCACUUCUGUUACCAAGACCAUUGGUAACACCAAGCUCAGUUAUGAGCGCACUUCAACAACAACAACAACAACAACAACAGCAUCAACAACAACAACAACAGCAACAACUGCAACAACAGCAACAACAACAACAACAACCACAACAACAACAACAUCCAAAUCCAUUGAUCAGACAGAGAGAUUCGUCGAAGUCACCGAUUGAAAUACAUAGGAGACAUAAAAUAUUAUUAACCAGAGUUGGUCUCUUUGCUACCUUUUAUGCUGUUACAAUGUUUUGUUUAACCAGUACAACAUUUUACGAAUGGUGGGGACGUGAAAGAUGGCUCAGAGCACCAGAACCAUCGAGUUCACCAAGAGUACCGUCGAAACCUCUUGUACAGUUUUUCGUUCUUCGAUUAGUAGCCACUUUGGGUAGUGGAAUAAUUACAGCCGCUUGGAUUUGGUGGCCUAAUUUAAUGAACGUUUGGAGACGUUUACCACCGUGCAAACAACCACCUCACAAAUGUCAUCCCCAUGGUGUACCUGUACCUGUAGUACAUUGUUUCAAUCCAGGUUCGACAAGUCCAACGCCACAUCAAAUUCAUCAUCUUGGUCAUUUGGCUCCACCGCAGCAUACGCUUUUACAUCAACAUCAAAUAGUUGGUAAUUCAUCGUCCGGUAGUCAUAGAAGUCAUAAGAAACAUAGGAAACAUAGAAAGUAUCAUAGUGGUAGCGAAACCCAAGUAUAAAAAUUUUUAUUUUAUGAACAAUCAAAUUGAUAAACUGUAUGUACCUAUUGUUUUUUUUUCUUUUUUUUUUUUUUUUAGAUCUUUGCCAUAAUAGUUAUUUCCUUAUGACAAAAAGACUGUACAUUGAUAAAAAUGUACAAAAUGAUUCGCUCCUUUAGGAUCUAGAUAAUCGGGCGAAUUUUUUUUCUUUUUCUCCGUGUCAUUUAACUUUUACAACGAGGAUGCAUCGCAGAUGAUAAUGAUGAUGCAUGAGAGGCUGAAUAACACAUAUCGUAAUAUUACGAGUCUGACGUGUAUUUUAUUUAUUUGGCAAAAAGAAAAAUUUUAUGCUUCGAGUACAUAAACGAUGCUGUGAAUAGUUUAAGUAGAUUUUGAUUAUUUUAAAUACUAUUAAUUUUUACAUAUCAAGUAUAUAAAUAAACAUUUAGGAUUUUCCUUAAUUUAUAUAAUUUAGAGAUCUUUCUUUUUUUCAUUUUUUUUUUUUUUUUUUAUAGGAAACCUCAUAUAAAGAUACGUAAAAGUAAAUUUAGUCAAUUUUCAAUUACUUUCUUUUAUGUAAGUCGGAUACAAAAACAUACGAAAAUAAUCAAUAUAUAAUUGUAUGUAUGUGUGUAUAUGUAUAUAUGAAAAAUGUUAUUUUUUAAAAAUAUUUUUUACUCAUAUAUAUCUAAAUCUACUACUGUAAUUUGUUAUACAUUAUUUACAUUAUAAUGUGUUUAAAUAAGUUCAAUGAUUAAGUUAAUCAUUAUCUAUUACGUGCCACUUGUUUCUUUCUUUUUUCUUUUUUUUUUUUUUUUCUUUUUUAGUUCCAUACACGCUACUACUUAUAAUAAUAACGUGAAUUAGAGCUUAAUUAGAUUUAAUUUAGUUCAAUGAUAUCGUUUGAACCUGAUUUGCGUUAAGCGUUAGCGCAUUUUUUUUUUUUUCUUUUUUUUUUUUAUAGUAAUAAAAAAGCUUUUGUAUAAAAUACCAUAAUAAAUGAUUAAGUACAUUUAUAAUAAACAAUGAAAAUGUAUUGAAAAGAAGAAGAAAAAAAAAUUGAUUAAUCGAGAGUAUACAAUUUUUAAUUUAGUUUUUUCUUUUUUUAGAUUCGUAAAAAGAUAAAAUAAAAAAGAAAAAGAAAAAGGAAAUAAUUUUACUAUUUGUAGAAGUUGUACAACAUGGAUUUAAAUUCUACGCCAUUGAAGAGCAAGGUAUGAUUGCUCUGUACCACAACACAAUGCCCGUCACUUUUACAUAAUCAGGGUGUGGUAUUCACGGAAGUGUACAACCAUUACAGGAAAGAAAAAAAAAAGAAAAAGAAAAAUUUGAAAAUGAA